UAGACUUAACUGAGGAUGUCUGAAAACCUUGACAAGUCCCAUGUAGAAGGAGGAGAGCCAAAGCCGGAUGCCUCUGAGCAAGGCCUGGAAGGUGCUCUGGAGCCCUCUGAUGAAGCCUUACAGAAAAGAGCAAAGGCGGACUCACCUAGUCCCCAGAGAGUGGGAAGACCUCACUCCAGUCCUCCUCGGCUUGUCACUGUAGAGGAACUUCUAGAGACAGCAAAAGGAGUCACCAACAUGGCUCUGGCCCACGAAAUUGUAGUAAAUGGAGACUUCCGGAUUAACGCCGUUGAGUUAGCAGAAGGCAGCUUGGAGAAGAGAGUAAAGGAGAUUGUGCAUAAAGCAUUCUGGGAUUGUUUGAGUGUCCAGCUAAGUGAAGAUCCUCCAACAUAUGACCAUGCCAUCAAACUUGUAGGAGAGAUCAAAGAGACCCUGUUAUCUUUCUUGCUGCCUGGUCACACUAGACUAAGAAACCAGAUAACAGAAGCGUUGGAUCUGGAGCUGAUAAAACAGGAAGCAGAGAACGGGGCCCUAGACAUUUCCAAGCUGGCAGAAUUCAUUACUGGCAUGAUGGGGACAUUGUGUGCACCUGCUCGAGAUGAGGAAGUAAAAAAACUAAAGGACAUUAAGGAAAUAGUGCCUCUUUUCAGAGCAAUAUUUUCUGUGUUGGACCUAAUGAAAGUAGACAUGGCCAACUUUGCUAUCACUAGCAUUAGGCCACAUCUCAUGCAGCAAUCAGUCGAAUAUGAGAGGAAGAAGUUUCAAGAAGUAUUGGAGAAGCAGCCAAAUUCCCUGGACUUUGUCACCCAGUGGCUGGAGGAGGCCUCAAAUGACCUUCUGACUCAGCCGCACAGACAUGCCCUGCCGCCUGGGGGAGGGGCUGCCGGCUCUGGGGAUGCCCCGGUGCUGACCCCUGCUUCUGUCCAGAACUACGCCUACCUGAAGCUUCUGAAGUGGGACCACUUCCGGAGACCCUUCCCCGAGACCCUUUUGAUGGACCAGUCUCGUUUCCAAGAGCUUCAGCUGCAGCUGGAGCAGCUGGCUGUCCUGGGAGCUGUGCUGCUGGUCACAUUCAGUGCCGCCGCCCCUGGACUUUCUGACCAGGCUGACUUUGCUGAGAAACUCAAGAUGAUGGUGAAGAUUCUGUUGACAGACAUGCACCUGCCUUCCUUCCAGCUGGAGGAUGCCCUGACUUCCGUUGGGGAGAAGGUGUGCCUGGAGGUGCACAGCUGCCUCUCCCUGUGUGGCUCCUCCCCGUUCUCCAUCAAUAAGGAGACUGUGCUCAAGGGCCAGAUUCAGGCCCUGGCCAGUCCUGAGGACCCCAUUCGCAGGAUCAUGGAGUCCCGAAUUUUUGCCUUCUUGGAGACAUACCUUGCCUCUGGCCAUCAGAAGCUCUUACCUACAAUGCCUGGGGGAUUGGGUCCCAUUCAGAAAGAGCUGGAAGAAGUUGCUGUGAAAUUUGUGCGCCUGGUCAACUAUAACAAGAUGGUGUUCUGUCCUUACUAUGAUGCGAUCCUCAGUAAGCUCCUCCUCCACUCCUGAGGUGCACAGCUGCCUCAACAGCUCUGCCGCAGUGCCCCUGCCGCCAUGUGGAACAUUCCUGUUUAACCCUGCUGGUCCAAAGGGAAGACUGUCACUGGCGAAAAGACUGGAGAAUGCACUGAGCUCCGUUUUGAGGAUGGUAUUUAUGAGUGCAAGUUUACAAACCCAAGAAGCGUUGGUUCUCUUGAGUUUGAGUUUAUAGGUAGCAGUUAGCUUUCAUCAGCUGGCUGCCGCCGCCUGCUCCAGCUGCUUCAGGUUGGAGGAGCCACUUCUCCCAAGGAGCCUGGGACCCAGCUCCCUUGUGGGUCAUUGUUCUCAGAUGUUCUAUGCUGACAGCCAUAAACUGUGACAUGUCCUCCUGCCCCACUUACAGCAUUCCUCCCACCACUCUCCCCUGUGGGUGUUUUAAGAUAGGGCUAUCUAUAGCCUUACAGUGUCCUAUCCCACACUUUCCCCACCUCUAC